GUACGGAUCUGUCUACGUAAAUAAUUCUAUAAAUUUCAAUCGGUUCUUAUCGAUGUCGAUCAAUUUUCAAAACAUCAAUCGAUUAAACGUUUUAGCGAAUUUUUUUUCGGGCAAUGUUUUACCCAUAACUUCAGACGGAUCUGAAUUAUCCUUACUUUCCAAAUUAUAUGCCAUUUUUACUUGGAUAAUAGUAUUAAUAUAUACAAGUGGUUGCGUCAUUGGAAUAUUUCGUGUGCCCAAAGAAUAUGCCUUGAAAGAAUCUACAGUGAAUUUAAUAAUCAUCCUUGAGAUUUUCUUUAAUCUUUUUCAUAUGUACCGCCAAAGGAAUCUUUUGAAACGAUUGAUCGGGAAUUACAAUUUUUUAUUUUCUGUCGAUAAUGAUUUAUUAAAAACCAUUGUUGUAACUUACGUUGGACCCGUAGAAAAAAUGUUGAAAUUUUAUACGAUUACCGAAGUCUCUACGGUUGUACUUUGGGUCUCAACGGGAUUUAUAACGUUCUUUCAAAAAGAAGAAUUCGUACAUGAGGAUUACGUUCUACCAAUUAGUUUCUCCGAGGAAUCAAUCUCACGUAAUGUUUAUAUCAUUAAUGUUAUCAUUGAAAUAUUCGGAUCUUUUUAUGUGAUUUUGAAAAAGGUCAGUACUGAUAUAUACACUUUGCAUUUAAUACUAUUGUUAACAUCGCAAUACAAGUAUAUGAGAAUAAAAUUCGGGAUGGUAUUUCGAAGAAAAGAUAAUUCUUUAAAAUCGAAAUAUCUAAGUGAUCAUGUUAUCGAAAAAGAACUUGAUUCGUUGUUUCAUCAUCAUUCCGUCGUUGUCCGGUAAGUCGGCCGUUUAUUUCGUUAAAAAUUAUUUUUUUUUCUUUUUUUUUUUUUUUUUUUUUUUUUGAAAAUCACACAGACACACGCUAAUGCAUCGUAGUAAAUUUCUUGC